GUGUCGCGAUAGAUAUAUAUUUCUUAGAAUAUAAUUUUCCAAAGAAUCCAUUCAUAUUAUUCAUACCAUUGUACUAAUUCUACCACAUCUCAUGCAUAAACAUAACUCAUGCCUUUUUACGAGUGAAAGUAACACCACGUUCAAACCCAAAAGAAUUUCAAUACAAACACCUCGUGUUACCCCCUAUGAAUUACUACUAAACAAAUUUUCCAUCCUUUCACACCACUAACUUCAAAUUUCAACUGCUCAUACAAGAAACAGCGGAAUUUAUGCAAAAAUCACAAGCAAAUGGAUUACAAUCAAAUGUACAACUCCAAAUACCAAAUUACGAAGAAAAUACAUGUUGUUCCGUCUUCAAACGAUCACGUACAGGCACAUCACUUAACGAGCACGGAAUACCAACUAACUAUACGCUUCCAAAGCCGACCAUACUGAAAGAAAUCAGCUGGCGUAUAUCUUGGCGGUCUGGCGCAAUGCAGCCCAGUGAAAGUAAACCUGAGAUGCCGGGUGACAGACCCGCGAGUCGUUUGAAAAACUACGUCCGACGUGAAUGACAAUCGUUGAAAAAAAAUCACGAUGCAUUCUGUGCACGAACUGUUCACCCACCUGAAAGACAUAAAGGUGGGUGAACACCAUGAACAAUUUCAUAUUGCUUUCCCCGUGUUCUUGCUUGGAGGUUGAAGACGAAAUGCGUUCGAGCCACGCGUUUUUAUUAAUCUGCUCGUUGUGCAUGAUCGUCGAGUGCGGAGGAACCGUGUUGACCCGGUUUACCAGGACACUUCCAUUCGAUUUUUCCCCUUCGAGAUGGUCAGGGAUGUUUCGAUCAUUAUGGUCCGGUGGAAGGAUCUGGGAGUGGCCAAGAAACAGCGCGGAGAGUCUCUUAAGACUGGUGGCUUCUCCAGACACAAGGAAGAAGAUGGUAUUCGAGUUCAGGCCAGAAGAUGGACCUCGAGCAUCGCUCGAUUAUCAGAGGCGUUAUGGCUAUCGAGGACAAUGGUUGAUCGACAUGCUGGGAUCAGGAUUUCGUCCUGAUGGAGUGCCUUCUCAACAGCCUCUGCCUUCUUCCAUUUUGGUCCCUCCGCCGCCUCCUUUUUGAUCAUCGAUUAUCAUAUAAUAGUGAAAUGAACGAUAGAAACAAGCGAGACAAUGGAGUAUUUAAAGGAUGUGUUCCUAUAUUGAAGUGUGAU